AAGAAGUGGCUUGUGAGAGUGUCAAAUAAGCAUUGGACAGAAUCACUCUCGUCCAAGCUGGUCUGAUGAGCUUUGUUUACACUCGCACACCGCCUGGGAGUGUGUGGGAGAGCAAGGAGAGAGGGAGAGGGAGAGCACACACAUGGGAGAGGCUGUCAUGCUCUGCCACAUGUUUUUAUCCCCCAUGCCAUAAAAAUGAGGCUUGUCUGUGACUUUGGAGGCAAGGGAAUGGAGCACCAGGGUCUGGCAGCAGCAGCAGCUGCAGCAGCAGGAGUGGGUGGUGAGGCACAGAAGCAGCAUGUGUUGUCACCGGUGAUGGAACUGGAGGUGGAGCAGGACAUGAGAGCCAUUGGGGAUGACCUCCACCACCAUCACCACCACCAGCACCACCCCCCCCACCAUCACCAUCACCACCACCAGCAGCACCAUCAGCACCACCACCACCAACACCAGCAUGGAGGCCUGGCAGUGGUGGGGGGGGAGGAGCUGCAGCUUGGUGGGGAGGGGGACCGUGUGCCUCCCCAUGACCUGGAAGACCACCUUGGGGGCAGCGGAGAGGAUGCCCUGACCCUGGAGGGCGACAUGGGGGACAUGGGUGGCGGCGGGGAGGUGCAACAGGCACUGGGACACCAGGCCACUCUGCUGGAGGAUGCCUCAGAGGUGCUGGGCGGGGCCAAGGGACUCAAGUUGUCCUCCUUCCCUGGUGCUGCGGGCCCUGGGGCUGGGCCAGAGAUGCCCCUGGGUGCUGGCACGCUACCCCUGGAGGCACAGCACUACUAUGAGGGGUUGCAGCCGGCACCUAUCAUGGUGUACGAGGUGCCUGCCGGCAACAUUGUGCCCUUUGACUCCCUGGUGCCGGUGCCGCUGGCUAAGGGCCUCGGGGGUGUGAAGGAGGGGGAGGCAGGUGUAGGGGGUGUGGACUUGCUGCAGGGGGGUGUUGGAGAGGGGGUGUAUGCCCCUGCCCCUCAGGAGGUGCCCCCACCGCUGUAUGUGCUGCACCAGCCUCACAAGAAAGAUGGUGUGUCUGGCCUGGAGCAGCCUGGGGACAGUCUGGUGCUGGGGGGUAGGGAAGGGGGGGAUGGGGCUUUCCCCAGGGUAGGGGGAGAGGGAACGACCAUGAUGCCCAUUGGUGCUGAGUUCAGCCUUAUCUCGUCAUCGUGCUAUGAGACUAACAUGGCGCAGCUGUCCACAGCCUACCAUGGCUCAGACACUGACAGUGAGGUAGCCCUCACCCUGGCCAGCCUUGGCACCCCUAAGCUGGAGCGUGCCGGGGCCAUCACUGGCAACAGCGGUAAUGGUGGUGGUGGUGGUGCUGGUGGCAGCAGUGGCCUGGCUCAGGCCUUCCAGGACCUGGAGCCACAGCAGGUCAGCCUGGACAAGAAGGUUGUGGAGCCUCCCCCACCCCCACAGCGUCCUACCCUGGUGCUGCGCAGCCGCCGCAACAGAGCCACCGCCGCCCACCACACCACCCUGCCCUCUUCUACCUCCACCACCACCUCUACCACCUCCUCCUCCACCACAGCUUCCACUGCCACCACCACCACUUCCACCAUCACCAGGAAACGCCGCAGGAAGGACCCCAAGGUGGCCACACAGACUACCACCACCACCCCCAACACCACCACCGCUGCCACCACCACUGGGGGUGCUGGGUCACUGGAGGAGGGCGGCAAUGGCAGUGGUGGCAAUGGCUUUCUCAUGCCAGACAGUGUGUUGGCAGUGCGCAGUGUACCAAGCCCUGCACCAGCCACCGCUGCCACCAGCACAGUGUUGCAACAGCAGGAGGCACAGAAGGAGAACCUGCUGGGGCAGCUGCUGAAGGCAUCAGAGCAGUGUGAGCCGGCUUCCCUCAUCCCUGCUGGUGUGGUGGACGAUGUGAUCCCAGCAGUGGGCUACCGCAUCAUGGAUAUGACCAACCUUGGGGAGAUGGUGCGCAUGAUGCACCGCUGCCCGGGCCUUGGUACCAUUGUCAUUCAGGAGCAAGCCUCGCUCAGGGAGGGGGCCGUGUCGCAGCUCAGUGUCAUCUGCACCAGCUGUCAGGAGGGUGCGGUGUGUGCCACCAGCAACAGGGCAGCACAGGCCACACCCUGGGACAUCAAUGCCAGGGUGGAGCAGCUCACCAAGGAGUUCAGCAUCAAGGAGGACCAGCUGCAGAGGAUGCUGGAGAUCCUGGGCAUCUUCUACCGUCCCUGUGACCCGGCACUGCAGCCCAUCACUCAGCCAGUGGAGGUGGAGGCUGCUGCUGCACAGUCUGGUGCUAAGAAGAAGAAAAAGAAGAAGAGUGACACAGCACCCUCCGGCAAGCCAAAGAAUCUUGUUUGUACUGUCUGCAAACAGCGCUUUGUUGGGGUGAACCAUCUCAAGAAGCAUAUGCACAGCCACGAUCUCAACCUGCACACGUGUCCUUACUGCCACGCCUACUUCAAGAAACCAUUCAACCUCAAGGAACACAUCAAGAAGCAUCAAAAUUGUAAGUACGAGUGUAGCCACUGCCAGCGGGAAUUCACAGAUAAGUCAACUCUUCUGUGUCAUGUGCGCUCCCAACAUGAGAAAAGGUACAAGAUCCAGUGCGAGUUGUGUCAGAAACGGUUCUAUCACCGUGCUCACUACAACGAACACAUGCGCAUCCACACGGGAGAGAAGCCGUACAUGUGUGAGCUGUGUGGCAAAAAGUUCUCGUGGCAUGACAGCGUGAAGAAGCACAUGCAGACACACAGCGCUGAGUCCAAGUACAAGUGUCGCCUGUGUGGGAAGUGGUUCAGGUGGCUCCAGGGAGUGCGGCAACACCUCCAGUGCCUGCACAAGCUGAAGAAGUGCGACAUUGAGGCACAGGUGGUGACGGCUGCCACAGAGACUACUACCUCUGCCUUGCCUCACUUCCACCAACACCAUCAGCCCACACCUCAGCAACAACAGCAACAACAACAGCAGCAGCAACAGCAGCAGCAACAACAGCAGCAGCAACAGCAGCAACAACAACAGCAGCAACAUCAACAGCAACAGCAACAGCAGCAGCAGCAUCAACAUCAACAUCAACAUCAACAGCAGCAUCACCAGGUUCUUUCUCAGGAGGACAGCAGCUCAGCACCACAGGAGUACCACACGCUGGAGGCUGCUGCGCCAAGUGGUGAUGCCAGCACUCAGCAGACCUUGGACAUCUUUCAGGUGGCGGAGGUGGAGGCCCAGCAGCAGGACAUGUUCCAGUACCACUAAGGAAAGAGACCCACACGGGUGCUUUCCCUGCCCUCAGUACCGGUGAAGCAAGACUGCCUGGAAAUGUUCACGCCACAACCAGGAGCAGAAAGAGAUUACUACUAUUUAAGGAUAUGCUUAGGUGCUUUUGAUAGACACACAGGCUUGAUAUAAUGUGUAAUGAGGACUUGGGAUGAUCAGAGCAGCACACGUCAUCAGGUCAUGCUGAGGAACACUAGUCAUGGACAGAGUCAAGUGAUUUGGUGAAGCAGUGCAGAUUCAAAGGACAUUUCAGGAUGGCAGAGUGUUGCAGUCUUCCUUUCUAGUAAGAACUGUAGUUGACAGAAGCACUGUUGUCAUGGAUGAGACAAAAGCCAAAAGAUAAGAACAGUCAGCAUGUCUCAGAGAGUAACAAGACAGCAUGAAAGAACAAGGAAUGCAGUCAGCAUAUCUCAAGGCGAGGCUCGUGAUACCACCAGGAAGACAGGCAUUGCAGUGCAGUCCACAUUCCCGUGCCAAGACUCAGAGCUUUGAUGGCAGUUUCUCCCUAGGGUAAGUGUUAGUGUAUUGGGUGGAGCCUACUAGUAUUGUGUGCCGGUUGGUCAGUGGGGCUGGUGGUAGUGGUGGUGGCUGGACAAGAGUAGUAGAGUAGUACUGUGUGAUAAUCCGUCGUGCUGCAAUACUUUUGUUAUGGUAGCAAACUAAUCCUAAGGAGAAAUUUGUGUCAUUGCCUUAAAUGUGAUCCAAGUUUGUGUUGACUCCGUGUUGAUCACAGACUUGUUCUAGUGUUCUUGUCUACAGUAAAACUUUUUUAUGUA